AUGCACGCGCAGCUGCUCCAUGCAGGCCCUGCAGCGCUGCGGCCCCGUGGGCAGCCUGCGCGCCCAGCACCGCCCGCGGCGGCGCCCGCCUGGACGGGCCAGGAGAGCCUGGCCGAGAGCGACCCGGAGCUGUGGGCCCUGCUGCGCCAGGAGAAGCAGCGGCAGUGCCGGGGGCUGGAGCUCAUCGCCUCCGAGAACUUCUGCAGCCGGGCGGCGCUGGAGGCGCUCGGCUCCUGCCUCAACAACAAGUACUCGGAGGGCUACCCGGGCAGGAGGUACUACGGGGGCUCCGAGGUCGUGGACCAGAUCGAGGAGCUGUGCGCGCGGCGGGCGCUGGAGGCCUUCGGCCUCGACCCGGCCCGCUGGGGCGUCAACGUGCAGCCCUACUCGGGCUCGCCGGCCAACUUCGCCGCCUACACGGCCCUGCUGCGGCCCCACGAGCGCCUCAUGGGGCUGGACCUGCCCGACGGCGGCCACCUCACGCACGGCUACAUGACGGACACCAAGCGCAUCUCGGCCACCUCCAUCUUCUUCGAGUCGAUGCCCUACAAGCUGGACCCGGCCACGGGACUCAUCGACUACGAGCAGCUGGAGCGCUCGGCACGGCUCUUCCGCCCGCGCCUGCUCGUCGCCGGCACCAGCGCCUAUGCCCGGCUCAUCGACUACGCCCGCAUGCGGCAGGUGUGCCAGGAGGUGAACGCCUACCUGCUGGCCGACAUGGCGCACAUCAGCGGCCUCGUGGCCGCCGGCGUGGUGCCCUCGCCCUUCGAGCACGCCGACGUGGUGACCAGCACCACGCACAAGACGCUGCGCGGCGCCAGGUCCGGGCUCAUCUUCUACCGCAAGGGCGUGCGCGCCGUGGACGCCCGCACGGGCCAGGAGACGCGCUACGACCUGGAGGACAGGAUCAACUUCGCCGUGUUCCCCGCGCUGCAGGGCGGCCCGCACAACCACGCCAUCGCCGCCGUGGCCGUGGCCCUCAAGCAGGCCAGCUCGCCCGCUUUCCGCCAGUACUGCGAGCAGGUGCUGAGGAACGCCAAGGCCAUGGCGCAGGCGCUGCUGCAGCGCGGCUACACGCUCGUGUCAGGCGGCACCGACAACCACCUGGUGCUGGUGGACCUGCGGCCCAAGGGCAUCGACGGCGCGCGGGCCGAGCGCGUCCUCGAGCUCGUCUCCAUCACGGCCAACAAGAACACGUGUCCGGGCGACCGCAGCGCCCUGACGCCGGGCGGGCUGCGCCUGGGUGCCCCCGCGCUGACCUCCCGCCGCUUCCAGGAGGCCGAUUUCCACCAGGUCGUGGCCUUCAUCGACGAGGCCAUCGAGCUGGCCCUGGACGUCAAGAGCAAGACCAAGAAGCUGCAGGACUUCAGGAGCUUCCUGCUGCAGGACGCGGCGACGCAGCGGCGCCUGGCCGAGCUGCGCCGGCGCGUGGAGACCUUCGCGGGCGCCUUCCCCAUGCCCGGCUUCUCCGACCGCUGAGCCGGGCACCUCCCGGGAACCGCGGGCGGCACCGAAACCACGGGGGGCUCCCCGCUUUGGACCCCCCCCAGCGCCUUCGGUGCUGCUGGGGGACGCGGGACGGGGCACCCCCGGGAUGCAGGGACCAAGACGCAGCAGCGGGAAGGGACCGUUCCGCGUGGCGGCCCCGUC